UUUUGCUUGACGGACGGUUAGAGACGAUUUUAGGAUUAUUUUCGGCCAUCUGCACCCUUGGGUUGGUUGGAGAUGGCCUCAGGUCUGCUUGCUGGCGGAGAUUGCGAGGGCCGAGUGACCCAGAGACUCAUCUGUCAUCUCUUCUUCUCAUAGGAGAGAGUAGAGAGAGAAGCUAUGGCAAUGUUCGUGGGUGGGAAAUUUCAGCUGGCGAGUAACCCUAGGAUUAACCAAAACGCCAACCACAGCCUGGAGGGCAACAUAAACCCUCGCCGUCUGCCCCACCAUCUCAGGCUGCCGCCUCGACGGCUCAUCUCACUGUCCGUGCAGUCGCAGUAUGUUAACGGAGCAUCUGGGACGUCAGUUUCAUCGCUUUACUCUGAAACCCUCGGAUCUCCAUCACUUUCUCAGACUUCACUUCUUCACCUCCCUCAGUGGAACCUCACCCACCGGCACAUCGUCUUCCUCAAUGUCGUUGCUUGCGCAGUAGCAGUUUCCGCGACGUGGCUCUUAUGCUCUGCGAUCCCCGCCCUACUGGCUUUCAAGAGGGCAGCUCAAUCACUUGAAAAACUGAUGGAUGUUAUUAGGGAAGAGCUUCCCGACACAAUGGCUGCUGUUCGUUUAUCCGGAAUGGAGAUUAGUGACCUCACUAUGGAGCUCAGCGAUCUUGGACAGGAAAUUACACAAGGCGUUAGAAGUUCCACUCGAGCUGUUCGCGUGGCCGAGGAGAGGUUGCGCCGCUUGACAAACAUGGCUCCAUCAGCAUCGGCGCAGGUAGUAAGUCAGAAAACUGAGGUGCCAGGGCCCGUUUUGGCUAAAACUGCAAGAGGCAUACGGGAGGGGAUCGUUAAGGGUCAUGCUCUAUGGCAAAUGUUUUUCACUCUUACCCGGUUUUCUAGCAAUGCACAAGUGGUGUCAUUCACUCGGUUUCAGCUGCGCUGGAAGUUUGGUCCCUAUCCCUUGACUUGCUCAAGGAGACCAGGAAGUGGUCAAUGUGAUUCUAGAAUGCAAGAAGGAUAUAUGGAACAGUAAAGAAAUGUUCUCUCUUGUGGAGGAAUACUUUGAGAAAUAUUCAAACGUUGAACAUUUGUACUUCCCUCGAGUAAAGUCUUAAGCGUGCGCUUAAUAACCAGCUGAUAAUUCAAGCUGCAAUUAGGCAGUUUGAGGAAGAAGUAGGGGCAUGGCCGCAUGGGCAGAUGGGAAGCUGCAAUCAGGCUAUUUGUAAGAACCAGGCAUCGAUGUUUGAGAGACUGCAACUUCGUAAGAGAAAACUUGAUAAGAAGUUGAAAUCAGUGAAAGUUUGGAGGAGGGUGUCAAAUGUUAUUUUUGUUGACACAUUUGUCUCU